CACGGUACGGAUAAAGUAUCAUCGGCAUAGCUGCGAACACGUGCCUGCGCCGAGCGAGCUAGGCGUAUCUGUGUUUGUGUUUUUGUGAACGCAAAUGUACAUGUACAUGUCGUCUGAUCAUACUGUUGGAGAGUUGGAGAAGUAAAGUUAGUCAAUAGCUAAAUUUCAAGAAUGGUUUUAACCCGGAGCCAACGAAACGCGAAAAUAACUCCAAAAUCAAAAGGCCAUUCUGAGGAAUCAGGUGGAUAUGAUUCAAGUGUUCAGGAGAAUGACCUCGACGUGCGGAAUCCAUCACCUGCUGAUGAUGAGAAGCCACAACCUGACUCCACUACAACACCACCAGUCAGUGACAAAGAUGCAGUUACAACAAAUGAUGGAUGUCCUCAGGAAAGACCUACAAAAGGCAGGCGGAGCAGGAAAAGGAGCAGGAAGAGAAAACUGACUGUUGAGCGUGAAAGGCAAACAGGGGAAUCUCUAGAAUCGUGCAUCUCUUCCACAUCCUCUCCUGAUAGAAUGCCAAAGGAAUCUAGGUCUAAAAGUGAAAAAACAUCUCCAGACAAUGGGAUGCAAGACAUAGAUAUUUCCAAACUAGUCCCCACUGCCACUUGUGGAACAAAAGAAAAUGCACCCACAACAUCAGAAAUUGAGGAAGAAAACAAGCGUGAUGAGAGAUUAGAAGUCAAGGCUUUGAAUGUUAAGGAGGUGUUGCAACUGUACAAGCAAGAAUCGUAUGCUGAUGGACAGGCAGUCAAACCCAAAGGAAGGCCCAAGUCUGGCAGAACAUGGAAAACAGAGCAGACAAAUCGUUUUUCAGGGAUGAAGCAGGACCGACCACUCAAAAGCUCCUGGCAGAAAAAAAUGCAGCAGAAGGCAGAGAUGAAGAACCUGAAGGCGUUUGAAGCCGAGUUGAAGGAGACAAAAAGCAAAGAGCUUGAGAGAAAGAAACAGCACAGAGCCAAGAAGAUUAAGCGCAAGCUGGAGAACGAACGGAAGUCAGAAAUUGUUCAAGUGAUUUCCAAUCCUGCCAAGAUCAAGCGGAUGAAGAAGAAACAGCUACGGAAGAUUGAGAUGCGCUCCUUGCCUGACUCCAGCAAGAAACAAGUCUUCAGUUCAUAAUUUUUUUAUUCAAGGACAAAAAUUUACUCUUUUAAAAGUCCUUAUGCAAACCGUGUCUCUAAAUAAGGGCAUGCGAAAAUUGCACAUUCAGCACUCUCACACAUUAAACCUCGUAACGUACACAAACGAACUGCUUGUACUUCCUGGCAGAACUGUUUAUUCAGCCCGUAAAAAAUUAGCGAGUGACAACAGUUGACAAUAAUUUUUCACUUCCAUUAUGCGAAGAACGGUAAAGGUUUGUAAAUACAGUAAGUAUAGUAAUUAUAUCAAGAGGAUAAUUUGUUUGUUGUAAGAAUGACAAUGACAACUACAUUUUUACAUGAACUGUUUACCAUUGGUUUUCUGAUGUGCAUUUGAAAGUCUAAACUUUGAAGACAGGAUAAAUACGACUUCAGUUUAUGCAUAAAACAACAGCAAGUGGAAUAAAUUCGAUACAAGAUGGAGCUACAGGUGGAAAUGUGAAGAACCUGUUGUCCAAAUGCAGUCUUUUCCACAAAGGGUAUCUUUUAUUUCUUCAUGUACAUGUGUGUUUACACGUGAUUGGAUCUGCCACUAUACACAGUUGGCAAAUGUACCACAAAAUAAUUCAAUUAAACUAAUUAGCUCACGGACACCAUUUCAUUUUUUGUGCUGUGUUAUCAAGCGGUAAAGGCCACAGACAAAAUUCUCAAUUUUUUUUGUCAAUCUACACAGCCGAAAUAAAGUGCACUAUGUACAGUACAAAAAAAUAUUUUUCAUUUUUAUUGCACAAAAAUUGAAGAGUGGUUUGUGUCUGUGUUUAUACAUUAUUAACAAUGGCAUAUCUACACAUUGCGUUCACAUUUAAAAGGUACAUGUAGAUCUGUACCAGAGUUUACAAGAAAAACAAAAGAGAAAAGGCUGAUUCAUAUUUGAUGUACAUGUAUACUACACAUGUAUCACACACAUGGCUAUCCCUCCUAAUCCGUGUAAGAAUUGAAAUUUUGUUUACUGUAUCAUGCCCUGACUUGUCCUAGGCUGAGAAAACUUAUAUUUUAUUGGGAAAUUUGGGUCCGAGUUGCAAGGACACCAACUGCCUCCAUAACAAUAUGUCCCAGUAUUAACUAUGGUUCAACGUGUGUUGUCCAAUCACUUGGAAACAAGUGUGUGUAGGCAGGUCUUCACCUCGUUAAAGUGGAACAAGUGUGUUUGCUCUCCACAGCUUUAAAUAUGCCAAGGGAUCACACAGUGGCACUGGCAAAAGCAAAUGAAAUGCACUGGCAUAUUGGAUUCAAUCUGGAGGUAGGAGGUUCCCUCAUUUGGAGAGAGGAGGUUCCCUCAUUUAGAGAGACGGUUGAUCUAGUCACAAAUAAUGGCUUGCUAACCUCUAACAGAAUGAUGCUUGGACAAGUGUGCAUCUACAGUGCUUUGGCUCAACUAAGGUAAUUUUCAAUAUUGGAGAUAGGAGUUGUCUAAGACGGGUGUUAAGUCGCAUAUUUAUAU